ACCACCUAGAGAAAAAGGCAAGUGGCCACAGAUGGUCCAGACGCUGACUUUCUGUUACAAUUGUACAGCACACGAAACAACAGGCUAUCCUCCGUUUUACUUAAUGUUUGGCAGGAUCCCGAGUCUCCCAGUGGAUCUUAUGUUCAGGAGUGUAUUAAGAGACCGGGACGUUGUAGAUUAUGAUGAUUUUGUCACUUCCUUAGAGAGGGAUCUACAAGAGGCAAUGAAAACAGCUCAGGAACAUGCUAGUAAAGAGCAGAGGAAACAAGCCGGACAAUACAACAAAAAGAUCAAGGGGACAUGUAUUAACAUUGGCGAUCACGUUUUGCUUGCCAACCGUGGAGAAAGAGGAAAAAGGAAGCUUGCUGAUAUAUGGGCAUCUACAGUGUAUAAGGUUAUUGAUAUCAAUCAAGAUAUCCAUACUUAUAAGAUCCAGAAUCCAGCGACUAAUCAAGUGAAAGUUGUACACCGGAAACCUUCUGCUGCCAGCUAAUUUCUUACCAUUAGAACCAGAACAGGAGGAUAUGUGGUCGGUUUGGUCAAUUUUGUCAAACGAUGAGACAGAAAUAGAGGAAGUGAGACCAGAGGCAAUUGAAGACUUAGAGAAAGAAAAUCAGACCUCUAGAACACUGUUUUGGAUUUUGCAGAGCCCAAGUGGAGAAAAUAGAGAAGCUGUGAAGCUUACUGAGAAAAAUGUCGAGAGAGAAAACAUAGAUGUAUUUAAUGAUCAUGAAGAUGUUGAUGAAGUACAGAGCGUUGGGAGAGUGAGUUAUCAAAAGUCAGAACUGUCUAGGAUAGAUGACCAUAGAGAGCCUGAUGUGAGUAGGGUGGAAACUGAAGCUGAGAUUUCCAGUCAAGCCAGGACGUUAACCGACAAAAGAAAAGAGUUGAUUUCUGGAAGUAGCACUGGACAGUCUGGUAGUGAAUGUAACCAAAACUCAGUAACUGGAGCUUGCACUUACUCAUCUAGAUCAGUAGCUUCAAGGAAAACACAGAGCUCUAAGAAAAGUGCAUUGAAGAGUGUUGUAGUACCAGACACCGAAAAUAGCUGUGUUUCAGGGGGACCAUAUAAGACUAGAUAUGGCAGGACAAUAAAACCUGUAGAGAGAUUGAUCUGUGCCAUGAACAUGUUAAUUUCUCACACAGAGGACAAAGAACCUUUAGCUGCAGUUUUUGACACCCUUGUGAAGUUCAUAAUAGUAUGAUCAGUUAUUAUUUGGUGGGUAGUGCUAUGUAGCCAUAGGUACAGAUUGCAGUGAAUAAUAUCAAGGAGGGGUAUCCCCUGUAUUUAUAUUAGAUAUAGAGAUGGCUUAGAAAAUGUGAGGUGUAUAUGGGCACUUCAGAGACCUGCUCGAGAUAGAAUAUGUCUCAUGAGUAAUCCUUUAGUGGAUGGGUUAGUAACCGGAAAAGCCAAAGUUUGAGAACCCUUAGCAAUUGUAAAUAAUUAAGAUCUUUUAAAUAUCUUGAGAUUCCCUAGAUGUGCAAAUUUGGUGAAAUUCCGAGGGGGUAAAUGUAACCAAGAUAGAAAAUGACUAAAUGAAGUUUCACAAAAUUUGACAUCGGAGAACCUAGAAGCCUUAGUUACCUUGUUCGGGAAAUCUGUGGGGAGAGUUGGUUGCGUGGUGCGAUCUGAGAGCGCGGUCCAUUUUGCUAUGUGGCGUAGGGGUGGAUAAUAAUAAUUGUGGAGCCUUUGCUGUGCAGUUGCAUUUAGGUAAAUGGUACAAAUGCAGACAGUUAUUUCUGAUAUUAUUGAUUUACCCCACUGUGAAGUAAUUUGCUGUAAAUUUAGUGUUUCAGAGUUCUGGCAUAAAUGGUAUGAUCCGAUCUUACUGAUUAGUGUAGUACAAUCGCCAUUUUAGCCAGUCCGCGCUCUUACACUCAGAGAAAGGUAGGCGCUGCUCUUUGCUUUUAAAAUAAAUGUGUAAACAUAACUCAAAAAUAAGUUAGUCUUGUAUUUUAUGGUGAACAUUUAUUUUGGAAUUGUAUUAUGUAAUUUUGUGUUGUAUGAAUGUGUGAUACUUUGCAUUAUUUAAAAGAAAGGAACGAUACGUUUUUUAUUUUAAGGCUUAAUGCACUGUUGUACUGUUUCAUUUUAUUACCAUAAACUGAAAGCAAAGAGCACGGCUUCACUGAUUACCUGCAGACUAGACUAUCUUGUUCAAUAAGGUUAUUUUGUUCAUAGAGUACUGGUAUUUUGUAAAAACAGAGAAUGAUUCUUCUUGUAUUGCUGUUUCUAGCUGAGAGUUGCGCUAAUGAAGAGGGACAGCAACCCUGAUUAUCAUUUUCUGUUUGCAGGUACUGUAUUUUUGUUAUUUCUCUUUUACUGUUUAAAAGAAAGCUGAAAAGAAAACCACUAUACGAUCAUUAAUGGUAUUACGUUUAAUUGUGUUAUUAAUUAUUGUAAUUGUAUGCAUGUUUGCAGUCCGCGCUCUUACACUCAGAGAAAGCUGAGAGUUGCGCUAAUGAAGAGGGACAGCAACCCUGAUUAUCAUUUUCUGUUUGCAGCACAAUAAAACAAUCACCUUGUGAAGCCAGUAGUGUGAAGUCUUGAUUCCAGUGUGAAGUGGCAUGGGGAAGAAAGAGUGACCCAGGUUACACAUGUGCUAAAUUGACAACCAGUACACCAGCUUAUCACUUGAUGAGAGAAGACCCCCAUUUCCAUAAACACAGGCUGGAUGAAGUCAACCCUAAACACAUCAAGGGUGUAGAGGCUUGAAGCUACAGAGAUGUCUCCCUUUCUUCGAAUUGGAUUCUCAAACUUCGAGGGAGGACCCCUCGAAGUGACCCAACGGGAGGAGUUUCAUCCUUACUGUGCUGUUUACAUGAAAGAAGCUGUUGAAACAGAGAAGGGACAGAUUUAUAAGCAACAGAAGCCGACGAUGUACCCUCCCUGGGACACUACGUUUGAUGCACACAUUAAUGAAGGUCGGAUUAUGCACAUCGUGGUGAAGGACAAAACCAUGGAACUGCAUGCGGAGACCACAGUGGAACUGAACAGCAUGGCAGCAAGGUGCAUGCAGCAGAAUGGGAAGGUGGAGACCAUGCUAGAACUAACGCCAUAUGGACGAAUGUUGAUGAAUGCCAGGUACUUUCUAGAACAGAGUGAUGCUAAAGGUCAGUCUGAGAUGGAGAGUGAGGGAUUCUUUACAUUGCAGCAGCGCAGGGGGGCCAUCAAGCAAGCCAAGGUGCACAUAAUCAGGUGUCACGAGUUCAUCGCCACCUUCUUUCCUCAACCCACAUUCUGCUCCGUUUGCCACGAGUUUGUUUGGGGUCUAAACAAACAAGGCUACCAGUGCAGACAGUGCCAUGUUGCUAUUCAUAAAAAAUGCAAAGACAAAGUGAUAGCCAGAUGCACAGGGACUGCAAUCAACAGCAAAGAAACAAUGAUGCACAAAGAGAGGUUUAAAAUCGACAUGCCGCAUAGGUUUAAAGUCUAUAACUACAAGAGCCCGACAUUUUGUGAACACUGUGGAACGCUUUUGUGGGGGCUUGCAAAACAGGGGCUGAAGUGUGAAGAAUGUGGAAUGAACAUUCACCACAAGUGUCAGAAGAAAGUGGCAAACCUGUGUGGAGUCAAUCAGAAGCUUAUGGCAGAAGCACUAGCUGUGAUUGAGAGUGCACAGCAGGCCAGGUGUCAGCGUGACAGCGAGUGUAUCACCAGGGAGGGGCCUGUUGACAUCAGCCUACCAGGUAUCCUUAGAGGGCCAUCAGGUGUUUUGCAAGCACCCCAUGAGCCUAUAAAAAAAGAAGUCCAGGGGAUUGCAUGGGAAUGUCCCUUAGGAAACAAAAUGCCUGAACCAGAGUGUCCAACAUACGCAGUGCCAAGGAAAGAGAUGCAUAAAUAUACAAUUGAUGAUUUUACCUUACACAAGAUGCUAGGAAAGGGCAGCUUUGGAAAGGUGUUUCUUGCAGAACUGAAGUCGAAAAAGCAAUUCUUUGCAGUGAAAGCUCUGAAGAAAGAUGUUGUGCUGAUGGACGAUGAUGUGGAAUGCACCAUGGUGGAGAAGAGGGUUCUCUCUCUGGCAUGGGAACACCCCUUUCUGACACACCUGCACUGCACAUUCCAAACCAAGGAAAACCUGUUCUUUGUGAUGGAGUAUUUGAAUGGUGGGGACCUCAUGUUCCACAUACAGAACUGUCAUAAAUUUGAGAUACCAAGAGCUAGAUUUUAUGCUGCAGAAAUUGUUUGUGGUCUCCAGUUUCUCCAUUCAAAAGGCAUAGUAUACAGGGACCUGAAGUUAGACAAUGUACUUUUAGACAAGGAUGGGCACAUAAAGAUAGCUGACUUCGGGAUGUGUAAAGAAAACAUGUAUGAAGAAGCACAGACCUCCACCUUCUGUGGAACCCCAGACUACAUUGCCCCUGAGAUUCUUUUAGGACAGAAAUAUGGGAGUUCAGUAGACUGGUGGUCAUUUGGAGUCCUGCUCUAUGAAAUGCUGAUUGGUCAGUCACCUUUCCAUGGCAACGAUGAGGAAGAACUGUUUCAGUCAAUCCGCACCGACGACCCUUUCUACCCACGAUGGCUCCCUAAGGAUGCCAGAGAGAUACUAAUCAAGUUAUUUGUGAGAGAGCCUGAGCAGAGACUGGGUGUGAAGGGGUCCAUUCGCCAGCAUGCGUUUUUCAUAGAAAUCAACUGGCAAGCACUUGAAAACAGGGAAAUCGAACCUCUUUUCAAACCCAGAGUGAGAUCCCCAGAUGACUGCAGUAAUUUUGAUACAGAAUUCUUAAAUGAGAAGCCGAAACUCUCUUGUGCAGAUAGGACCCUCAUCAACAGUGUGGAUCAAACCAUGUUCAGCAACUUCUCCUUUGUAAACCCCAAGAUGGAAUAAGAGGUUGUGCAUUUUUGACCACAGAUGCAAUAUUUGAUACUUACUGAGAUGGAAUAAAAGGGUACAGCUUUAGACUUUUUAGACUUUUUUUCAUUUUACCAUUGCAGAGUGUACUAUAUGUAUAUGCCAUUAUGUAACAAAAAUUAUUUGUCAUUGUGGUAAAAAAAUAAGGUGCCUAAAUGAUAUAUUUAAAUCAUUCUUAUUUGGCAGUGUGAUGGACUGAGUGUACAGGGUUUGUAUUUGAUAAUUCCCUUGCUAUUCCCUGCUAUUGCUAUUCCCUUGCUAUGUUGUGUUUGCUGAGAAACCACAUAUCGCAAGGCCAUAUCUAGACAGGGAGCUAUUUUGCUUCAAUGAAGUUGCUUGAUGUUUACCUACCUCAUUGUUAAGUAGAGAACGGCUUGAGAAUCCUAUUCAAGGAAAGGGAAUAUCCUGAAAUAAACAAACACUGCAGAUAGAAUGUGUGUGUCCCUGUCGUGCCACAGUAGAAAUUGCACUUUUACAUGGUUCUAUUAAAAUCUUUGAUAGAGCAUUUUACAAACACACAACAUCGAGAGAAAGCACUCAGUUACAACAUCUAUAGAUUUGGACGGGUAAUCGGAAAUCUGUAGCAGCUGAGGAGUUCAUAACUGCAUGUGUUAUCAGUUUCAGAAACAGCACUGUCAAAUCUCAAUCGCCUAUACAUAUGUAUAUAACAAAUUACAUUGUAAAAAAGAUGAUUUGACACUUACUGUUUUAGGCAUUUUCUUAAGUAGUUUUUUUUUUUAAGAGACCACACUUUUUUUUUUGUAGGUUGCACUCUGUUAUAGUCUUGUAAAGGAUAAGGAGCAAUCCAACGGUAAACAAAGAAGGAAAACCCCACCCCAGCUACACCUGAAAUGUAUUUAAAAUGAUGUCCAUUCUGUUGAAAGAUAUUGCAGUAGUUACCAGUUUUUAUUUGCAUUGUAACUGAAUAUAUUGUGACAUCUUAAUCUGGAAUAUGUGUCAUUAGUAAAAUACCAAAUAUCAUAAAGCAUUCUACUGUCUUCAAAGGGCAAUGCUACAUGCAGUUUGACUAUAUCAAAUCCUUCAUAUGUAAUAACAUUAUCAAUAACAGUUGUCUUAAUAUUGCUGAAUCCAAAUGAAUGACAAUAACAAAAUAAUAACUGAGAUCCUGCACUGUCAUGCAAGCGUUUUAGGUCAUAUUUAUGCCAUUAUGGAAAAAUGAAAAAAAUGCAUAUUUACAAUAUAUGAAGCUGAAACUGUAAAGCAUGUGAAAUGCACAUUAUAUAUUAUUGACAUUCUCCUGGAAAUCUAAACUCUUACAGAAUUUCUAUACACUAUAUUCCUUUGUUUUGAGGCAUCUUUGGUAACACUGAAACCUGUUUAUAGGUUAUGGGUUAAGAAUGGAUAUAUUUCCAGUUUCAGAUAAUACAUGGCUUGGUUUGUGAUAGCAGCUUUUAUCUCAUAAGUGACCGUUUGUUUGUUUUGUUUUUUUAUGUCAGGUCAUCUUCAAACGUGUGGUAAACAUUAUCAAAUACUGAACCGUGCAUGAUCUUUUUUCUAUCACUUGAAAAAGUAAACAAAGAUCAUACAGGCUAAACUCAAAGACAAAUGAGCUGUUUUUAUGGCAUUAAUAUGGUAACCAAUCUUUAUUUUCACUGUGAUUUGUCACACAACUGUGCAACAAAAGGAAAAAUGUUCUGCACUCUGGUCUAAGCAGAAAUUAGCUGGGUUUUUUUUUUCUUUAAUCUUAAAAAUAUUCUCAUAAAACUAGUCCUUUUGCAUUGCUGAUGCUGUUAAUGAUCAACUAAAAACACAGAUUAUUAAACAAAUUCUUUGUAUGUAAUGGAAUGUUAAUGUUUAUGUUAUACUACUAGUUACAGUAUAUAUUUAACUGUUGUGUACAUGGUAUAUGUAACACCCAUCAGUCUAAUUAGUAACUAAAUGUAUCAUGUAUGUAUAUUGUAAAACAUGUUCUUGGGUUACUAACAUACUGUAGGACUGCAUUUAUAAAGAAUGUUUACGUCUUUGGCACACAUACAUUUAUAGUCAGAAUUUCUUUUCAAUAAUGACAGGGCUUUAUCAGCCACAUUUUUGGAAGAGGAAUGGAUCUCCAGGUUAAUCUUAUACUUCAGUUAUCCAAAUAACACAGCAAAUAAAUAUAGAUUGUGAUUCAUUGUUUAGUUACAAAUAUAUAAAUCCUAUGAUAUAAAUCCUAUGAUCAUUUUCCGAGAUUGCUAAAACAAAACAAAAAAAUUUUACCAUGAGAAAUAAUGGAAAGAAUUCAUAAUAUGCUAUACCUGCAGAAGUAAAUGUUCUUCUUAAAACAAAGUUGAGAACAUUGAAGCCAGGAUGAGUCUAUGAACCAAAAAAAACAGUUUAUUCUGAUGACAAUAAUCAUGCUAAUCAUGAUAUUUUGUUCCUGAUCAGAGGUCAAUUAAACUGCUUUGCACAUUAACUGAGAUCCUCAGCAACUCCUUAUCAACUGGCUGUGCUCCCCUCAUCACUAAAAGAUACCACAAUCAGCCCACUCUUUAAGAAGCCAUCACUGGAUUCUUAGAACUGUAGGAUAAGUGGUGCCAAGAUCUAUAUCUAAAGACUAGAGCUCUAUCUUAACUGCCUUUACUAUAAAGGCAUAUGAGCUAGAGGAAGAGUUGCUAGAAAAGUGUUGGCCUGGGUUUAAACCAUGCCACAGUACAAAGACAAUGCUCCCUACGUUCUGAUUCUGGUUGUGACAGGGUAGACCCCCUGCAAAUGAAAAUUGAAAUAGGUUUGGCAGGGAUGGGGUUAAAACCCCUCAUUGAACAUGUGCAGACUGGUCAGGUGAAUAGAUUGCUGAAUAUAUUAUACACUCAGCAGAUCAAGGAGGAUGUAAUCAUAUAGCUGGUUGUUUGUGUGCUCUAAGAUGCUGUUUAAAGUGUCAACACUAUUGACCACAGCAUCCUGCAAAAAUGACUGAAGACGUUGCCUUCUAGAUUUUAGAUAUUAUCUCUCUCAGGGGUCUCAGUUUAUUCUUCUUGGAGGCUGCUUAUCUACCACUACCACUGAUUUCCUCUGAUGUUCAACAAGGCUCUAUUUUGGGUAUACUACUUUGGGCCUAACAUUUAAUUGCUGCUGCUUUGGGCCUGGUAAUUCUGCAUGUUUGAUAAAUGCUGCAUCUGAACAAUAAACAUGCCUUAAUGACACAAAACAGCGGGUGCACCAUGUUUUGUCCACUCAAUGCAGUUCUCUUAGACACUGUUCAUAUUAUAUUGAAGACAUCAUUCUUGAUUCCACCUCUCAUUUGAAUAUCAGUAACUGAAUUAACAAAAUAAACUAAUGCUGUAUGUAUAUA